AUGAAAGUAAAAUCAUCGAGUGAAAUGAAAUUUUCACUUGCAAAUGAAACAAAUCAAACUGAUUCAGGAAUGAUUGAAGGACAAAUCGUUAUGGGUUCUCCUCUUUUUGAAGAAGGUAAAAAUUAUGAUGAAACAAAAUUUGAUAUAUCAAUAUUAUCACUAUCAAAUACUGAUACUGACACAUCAUUAUUUAAUGAUGAUAUUAUUUACGAAAUCCCAGCUGAUGUCAAAACUGAAAAAGAAGUAUAUAAUUAUUCCGCAUCAAGUGAUGUAAGUGUUGUCAGGGAUAAUAACUAUGAAGAGUAUGAAGAAGAAGAAAAAGAAGAAGAAACAACGGAAGAUGGAGGUAGUGGUAGUGACAGUCCAUUUGCUAGCAUGUUUGAAAAUCCUACCAUGAUGGUGGGGGCUUUAGUUAUAAUUGGUGCAGCUGUUGUAGUUUAUUUUUCGUCAUGUAUGUGUGGAAUCGUAUGGUGCUGUCUCAAAAGCAAGAAGAAAUCACAAGAUGCAGAGCAAAAUGAGGAAAUGCUUGCUCAAGAGGAAGAAGUUGCCUAA